AUGUCUGACCCAACUAUUCCUUUGGCGUGCCAGAACCUCCUCCAUGACUGGGCCAACUGCCUCGACACAAAGUCCUGGGAUCGUAUGCCCGCGAUUUUCGCACCUAAGAUCGACCUGGAUUACUCAGCCCUCGGCCACGUAAAGGCCACCGCCGUGGAGCCUUCUGUGUAUAUCGACCGCUACUCAGGCCCAGGCCAGUUAGGGAAUCCCGAAAUCCAGUCGCACCAUUUCGUUGGUGCGUGUAAAUGGACACGGGAGUCGGAAUCAGAUGUCAGGGUUAUUUUUCAGAUCAUGGCGGUUCAUCGGAGGGCUCCACCAGACGGUGGUGCCGCUGUGUUCGCCACGGGCCACGGCGUGAACACAAUGGACUUUGCGCUGAUUGAUGGGGAGUGGAAGAUCGCGGCGAUUAAGGUUGGGGUGCUGUUUAUGGAGGGUGAUUUCGAGGGAAUUUUCAAAGCCUAA